CAGUGGUGUCAAAUGUGUUAUAUAAAUAUCAAACAAUUUAUAAGUGAACACACAUUUUCAGUACACAUUUCCCUGGGUUUAAAACCAAAUCAUUUUAAAAUAUAUUGUUUUUAUUAAAUUGAAUUCGUGUUCAUAUCUUGUGUUCAUUUAAUUUCAAUAUUGUCUCAUCAAAAUGUGUGGAAUCUUUGCAUAUCUGAAUUACUGUGAGCCUAAAACUCGUCGAGAAAUACUGGAAUUCCUUAUCAAAGGAUUACAGCGAUUAGAAUAUAGAGGAUACGAUUCGGCAGGGGUGGCCUUUGACUUUGAUGACGGCGCCAUUGAGAUAAUCCGAAAACCGGGAAAAGUGAAGGUUCUGGAGGAAGCCAUAUGGAACCGACAGGACUUCAAUUUGGAUCAUCAACAUGAUGUGCACAUCGGUAUAGCCCAUACCCGAUGGGCCACACACGGCGCCCCAUCCGAGUUCAACAGUCAUCCCCAAAGAUCUAGUGAUAACAAUGAGUUCGUUGUCGUCCACAACGGAAUUCUCACCAAUUAUAAGGACAUCAAACAGUUUCUUAUUAAGAAGGGAUACAGUUUUGAAUCGGACACUGACACUGAAGUGAUCGCUAAAUUCAUGAAUCAUGUCUACAAUAAACAGCCCAAUAUUAAGUUCAGGGAAUUAGUGGAACAAGUCAUUCAACAACUUGAGGGUGCGUUUGCACUGGCAUUCAAGAGCAAGCACUACCCGGGACAGUGUGUGGUGACCAGAAGAGGAAGUCCACUAUUAGUGGGAAUCAAAACUAAAACAAAUCUAAUUUCAGAUCACAUUCCCAUUAUAUAUAGCUCUAAAGGUAGGGAUGAAUGAAUUUACUUCACAUAUAAUUUGCACCAUUUUUUCAUUAACUAUUUAAUCUAUUUGAUCACAAAUUGUUUGAAUGAAUGAAUGAUUGAUUGAAUGCACACAAACACACACUAAUGCAUGACAAUUAAACAAAGGGUUGUCUUGAAUGUACAUUUGUAUAGAAAUUAAAAAAAUGAGUUUAACGGCAAAGAAUUCUCUGGGAGAGGACCGGUGGGACAUACGAUCCCCUCUAAGCCGACAGAAUAGUCUAAUUCCUUCCGAUGACGACGAAGACCUACACCCCCGUCAGAAUGGCCUGUCGACCAGUGCGGUCGUUGGGGGCAAACUGGCCCGCUCUCAGUCGACCACACAAUUCACACCAUUGAAUGACGACAAAGUGGUGGAGUAUUUGUUCGCAUCGGAUGCCAGUGCUAUCAUUGAACACACCAAUCGUGUCAUAUAUCUGGAGGACGACGACGUGGCCUCUGUUGAAGACGGCCGUACGUAUUCAUAUGCAUUAUAUUCACACAUUACUGCAUGCUUUACAUUUGCCGUCACUAUUAUUUUGACGAUACAUCGACUUAAGCGCACAUUAGAUGACUCGUCUCUGCACCGGGAGAUCAUUACUCUGAAGCUGGAGAUCCAGCAGAUCAUGAAAGGCAACUUCAACUCAUUCAUGCAAAAGGAGAUCUUCGAACAGCCGGAGUCUGUCAUCAAUACGAUGAGAGGACGCGUCAACUUCGACAACGAGACUGUAAUCCUCGGAGGUAUUAAAGACUACAUCCCAGAGAUCAAGCGGUGCCGGCGUUUGCUAUUAAUUGGCUGCGGAACCAGUUAUCACAGUGUUAUAGCCGUCAGUAUUUGCACUUUUCAUUGUAUUCCCGAAUGUAAUCAAAAACUUAUUGAAACUCUUCUACAGACGCGACAAAUACUGGAAGAGUUGACAGAAUUGCCGGUAAUGAUAGAGUUGGCGAGCGAUUUCCUCGACAGACACACCCCUAUCUUCAGAGACGACGUCUGCUUCUUUAUCUCUCAAUCGGGCGAAACGGCCGACACUUUAAUGGCAUUACGUUAUUGCAAACAAAGAGGUGCUCUCAUUGUGGGCAUCACUAACACUGUGGGCAGCAGUAUAUGUCGUGAGAGUCACUGUGGGGUUCACAUCAACGCGGGCCCCGAGAUCGGUGUGGCCUCGACUAAGGCAUACACGAGUCAAUUCAUAUCUCUCGUAAUGUUUGCGUUGGUUAUGAGCGAAGACCGCAUUUCACAACAGCCCAGAAGGAGUGAAAUCGUUCAGGGAUUGAAACGACUGCCCGAUCAGAUCAAGCAAGUGCUCGAACAGGACAGCCUGGUCUUAGAGUUGGCUAAAGAACUCUAUCAACAAAAAUCUUUGCUGCUUAUGGGUCGGGGUUGGAAUUACGCCACUGUUCUAGAGGGAGCGCUGAAAAUCAAAGAGUUAACUUACAUGCACUCGGAGGGCAUAAUGGCCGGUGAGCUCAAACACGGACCCCUGGCUCUCAUCGACAAAGAAAUGCCUGUAAUUAUGGUCGUCACCAGAGAUCCUGUUUAUCCCAAAUGUAUUAAUGCCUUACAACAGGUGUUGGCGCGCGACAGUCGACCCAUAAUUAUAUGCGAGGAUAAAGACACUGAAACCCAGAAGUAUGCGUUCCGUUCGCUCCAAAUUCCACAUACAGUGGAUUGUUUGCAGGGAAUCCUAUCCGUGAUUCCCCUCCAACUGCUCUCAUACCACAUCGCAGUCCUCAGGGNUUACAUUUGCCUUUUGACGAUACAUCGACUUAAGCGCACAUUAGAUGACUCGUCUCUGCACCGGGAGAUCAUUACUCUGAAGCUGGAGAUCCAGCAGAUCAUGAAAGGCAACUUCAACUCAUUCAUGCAAAAGGAGAUCUUCGAACAGCCGGAGUCUGUCAUCAAUACGAUGAGAGGACGCGUCAACUUCGACAACGAGACUGUAAUCCUCGGAGGUAUUAAAGACUACAUCCCAGAGAUCAAGCGGUGCCGGCGUUUGCUAUUAAUUGGCUGCGGAACCAGUUAUCACAGUGUUAUAGCCACGCGACAAAUACUGGAAGAGUUGACAGAAUUGCCGGUAAUGAUAGAGUUGGCGAGCGAUUUCCUCGACAGACACACCCCUAUCUUCAGAGACGACGUCUGCUUCUUUAUCUCUCAAUCGGGCGAAACGGCCGACACUUUAAUGGCAUUACGUUAUUGCAAACAAAGAGGUGCUCUCAUUGUGGGCAUCACUAACACUGUGGGCAGCAGUAUAUGUCGUGAGAGUCACUGUGGGGUUCACAUCAACGCGGGCCCCGAGAUCGGUGUGGCCUCGACUAAGGCAUACACGAGUCAAUUCAUAUCUCUCGUAAUGUUUGCGUUGGUUAUGAGCGAAGACCGCAUUUCACAACAGCCCAGAAGGAGUGAAAUCGUUCAGGGAUUGAAACGACUGCCCGAUCAGAUCAAGCAAGUGCUCGAACAGGACAGCCUGGUCUUAGAGUUGGCUAAAGAACUCUAUCAACAAAAAUCUUUGCUGCUUAUGGGUCGGGGUUGGAAUUACGCCACUGUUCUAGAGGGAGCGCUGAAAAUCAAAGAGUUAACUUACAUGCACUCGGAGGGCAUAAUGGCCGGUGAGCUCAAACACGGACCCCUGGCUCUCAUCGACAAAGAAAUGCCUGUAAUUAUGGUCGUCACCAGAGAUCCUGUUUAUCCCAAAUGUAUUAAUGCCUUACAACAGGUGUUGGCGCGCGACAGUCGACCCAUAAUUAUAUGCGAGGAUAAAGACACUGAAACCCAGAAGUAUGCGUUCCGUUCGCUCCAAAUUCCACAUACAGUGGAUUGUUUGCAGGGAAUCCUAUCCGUGAUUCCCCUCCAACUGCUCUCAUACCACAUCGCAGUCCUCAGGGACUGUAACGUCGACUGUCCUCGAAAUUUGGCCAAAUCUGUUACCGUUGAAUAA